UUAAGGAAUAGCUGUGUUUCGCUUAAUUAACUCCUUGGAUCUCCAUCAGUUAUCCGCUCGAAGCUACAUUUUUUUACCGUUGCUGAAGCUCUCCAAUUUCUGAGUCUUCAUUUUCUGAGGAAUGAAUUUCUUGCUCCGAUCUGCUUCCUCCGCUACUCACCGCCCCCCGGUGAGCGAACCACCACCACCGCCUCAACCUCCGCCUGAAGCAACUUUGGAAAGAGCCGAAGAGCCUUUCCUACAAUAUCCAUCCCUCGAGGAUCAUAUAGAUGGAUCUGGAGACGACCAUGGAAGUGGAGAGUCAAAUGCAAACACCGGUGGCUCUGGUGUUGAGCGGUUCUCAGAUGUAUCUGAGGAAGAAGGAUGGAUCUCAAUUCCAUAUCAGGAGAUCCCUGACAACUGGUCUGAGUCAGUUGAUAUUCAGUCACUACGGUCCCUAGAUCGCUCCUUUGUGUUUCCUGGGGAACAGAUUCAAAUCUUUGCAUGCUUAUCCGACAGUAAAGCAGACACAGAGAUCAUCACUACUUUCAAAGUUGCCGAGGUGAUGAGCAGAACUGUAAACAGAAAAGCCUCUCACAAACAAAACGGAGAUAUCUCUGACGGGGAGAGUUACGAGAGUAUACCAUUAGGGGACCCUGACGGCCAUUUCGCAGCUCAGAAUGGGAACAGUCCUGGUAAAGAGAGUGUUGAUUCACAAAAAGAUGGUGAAUCCAUCUUGAGGAAGGAAGAUCACAAGAGACGGACGGAAGACUUGCUUUCCAGGUUUCAGAAGUCUCAUUUCUUCGUUAGGAUUGCAGAGUCUGGCGAGCCUCUUUGGUCAAAGAAAAGCUCUAUGGCUGCAGAUACGGAGGAGGGAGAUGGAAAGAGACCUUGUGUUAGUGCUUUUGUGGAUAGAGGGGAGUUUGAUCCUGAUGUUGCUGGAGGUGUAGCUAGGAGUAGAGCAAAAUGCUGCGCCUUACCCAAUGGAGACAUAGUGGUCUCUUUACAAGUUUACAUCGUUGACUGUCCCAAAGAACCAAUCAUUGAGAUACUACAGUUUGAGAAGCAUCAGGACAGGGACCCACUUUCUGACUCGGAUCAUGAACACAAGGAUCCAUAUGGGAAUCUUCUAAAAUGGUUGAUACCAUUGGAUAACAAUAUUUCUCAGCAACCACGUUCUUUGCCACCUCCUAUAAGCUCUAGCCCAGGUCUCAGCAGCAGUGCACACAAGCCAGCAAUCUCUUCCGUCUCAGGCUCUCAGCUCUUCUCGUUCGGCCAUUUUAGAAGCUACUCCAUGUCUUCUCUGCCGCCGAACACUGCACCGGUUACCGGACCCGUGAAAACACAGAGCUCUAAACCAUCGUUUGACAUUGAAGACUGGGACAUUUAUUCAGCUCAAACGUUAAGAAACGGUCAGAAGCGUGGGACUGAAGAGCUCUUAUCUUUCCGGGGUGUUCCCUUGGAGUGGGAUAGGUUCUCUGUUCGUUGCGGACUCGAAGGUAUAUGCAUUCCCGGCAGGAGGUGGAGGAGGAAACUCAAAAUCAUUCAGCCUAUUGAGAUCAAUUCUUUUGCAGCUGACUGCAAUACAGAUGACCUUCUCUGCGUUCAGAUUAAGAAUGUUGCUCCUACACACACUCCAGAUAUUGUAAUAUACGUUGACGCAAUAACGAUUGUUUUUGAAGAGGCGGGGAAAAGUGCUUCUCCUUCUUCAGUGCCAAUCGCAUGUAUUGAAGCUGGAAACGAGCAUAGUUUGCCGAAUUUGACUCUCAGGAAAGGUGAGGAGCACUCAUUCAUCGUGAGGCCUGCCUUUUCUGUUGGGAGUAAUGUCAAACCCUCUGCUGCAAGAAAAGAACUCAAAUCAUCGAGUUUGUCUCUUCCGUCUGUAAAUUUUGAAAGAAAAGGGAGCGGUUUUAGUGGGGAUCAGUAUGCGUUUAUGGUGUCAUGUCGAUGCAACUACACAGAAUCAAGGCUGUUUUUCAAACAGCGGACAAAGUGGAGACCUCGAGCUUCGAAGGACCUGAUGAUCUCUGUUGCGUCUGAAAUGUCAGGAGAGCCUUGUGGCCCUCAUGGGAGAGCCUCCCACCUACCUGUUCAGAUAUUAACUCUUCAGGCAUCAAAUCUAACACCUGAAGAUCUGUCAUUAACGGUUCUCGCUCCAGCAUCAUUCACAUCGCCUCCGUCUGUGGUGUCCCUAAAUUCCACGCCUACCUCUCCUGUAAGCCCAUUCCCAGGGUUCUCUGAGUUCACAGAGAUGGUACAAAGCGAGAAACGCAACACAACAACAAGGCGUAAAGUGCAACCGUUACCCUCAAUGCCACUGGAGACGACAAGGACAGAGACUACAACAAAUGACGAAAUGAACUCUGCUUCUUCCAACAACCCUUCAGAUGUUGUUCCAAAGAGCGGCUUAGGGUGUACACAUCUCUGGCUACAAAGUCGAGUUCCCUUGGGAUGCGUUCCUUCGAAAUCUACAGCGACGAUCAAGCUAGAGCUUCUCCCUUUGACUGACGGCAUAAUCACUCUUGACACUCUCCAAGUCCACGUCAAGGAGAAAGGUCGUAGGUACAUACCGGAUCAGUCACUGAAGAUAAACGCAACGUCAAGCAUUUCCUCUGGAAUGUUUUAGUCUUUUUAUUCAAGAUAAAGCCAAUACCACUUUUUAUUCAAACACUGAGCAGUGACAUUUAACAGGUCCAUGUUCAUCUCAAUAGGGCUUCAUUAAAAAAAUUGUGUGUUUAAAACAUCCAAAAGAUGUUUCAAGGUUUGAAAGAAAUGUUAUAUGAUGUAAAACCACUUUUG